ACGUCACAAGAAAAAUGUCUGCGGCCGGUUGCGCACCAUUUUAUCUUGUACUAAUGUUUAUUUGUAAUAAAUAAACUACUUCCAUUUAAUUCUACAUACAUUGAUAACGUUGAGUCGAGCUUGCUCCUCCGUUGCUGUGUUUUGGUGAAAUUAAGUGUGUAUUUGUGAGAUAUAGACUCGGUGUUGAGACAGUGACUUGUUUGAUUUUGUUUUGUGUUUAAUUCGCGAUGAGUUCACAAAAAGAAAACACAAGAAUCUGCUGCUUGUGUGGAUCUUCACCUUCUAAAGAUCCCAGCAUCACUUUGCAUCGGUUUCCAAAGCCUGGCACUAAAAAUGCUCUGCGUUGUGAAUUAUGGGCAAAGUAUUGCUUCCCAAACGAAGCCUGGUCUUCACCAAAAUUCCAGGACGCACUCCAUAAACAACAUAAGAUGCUAUGCAGCAAACAUUUCAAAAGCACAUGCUUUAAUGAGAAGAAGUUGUUCAGAACAGCUGUACCUGAUGUUCAAUGCCAAAAGGAUACAACAACUUCUAAUGUGCCAGAUCAAUCUGAUUUGGCUGCAGUAAUGUUUGAAAUGUUAAAACUUGGCAAGAUCGUUUUUCAAAAAUUUGUUUCAGCCCGGAACGAAAUACAUUGAUAUAUAGCUUUUGUUGUGUAGUAAAUGUUUGUAAAUAUCAAAAUAUAAUUGGUCUAGUGUCUUUCUCUUCCUAAUCAUUUCUAUAAUAAAGAAGAAAUAACACCAACGUUUAUUACACAAUAUGAUAGAAUAAUUUAAACCAUGUCUGUAAACUUGUUGUUUGUUAAACAAAUCGAUAGUAUUCUUUAUUGUAUAAUAACAUAGUCUUGUUUUUUAUAAUAGUAACACUUUAAAACUAACUAGAAUUUUUGUUUGUUUAUGUUUUGAUGUUGAAAUUGUAUGCAAUAGGCCCAUCCAUACUUGUUAUUUUGGACGAAAAUGUCUGAAAUACCUACCUAAAUUGAUUAAAUUCAUGUAUUUUAAAAUUCAUUACAUAGGUGCACAUACUUGUGAUUUAUGAACACCUUUUGUACCCUAUUUCUGGAAAUAAAUUAUAAUUAUUAACAUGCUAAAUAAAAAACUCUUGUACUGUAA